AUGGAGCAGCUAUACUGGAGGAUAGAAUUGUGGCACGUGCACAUGCAGCCUGCCUGUAGCCUGUCGCCCACAGAAUUUACCCUCAACUGGGAACCUCUUGUGGCCAGGAUGGGUAGUUCGAUGGAAGUGUCACAAGGUUCUUUGUAGGAUCGACUCCAAGAGGUGUUCUCAGGACUGACACACGUUGUGUCCAUUGGAAAAUGUCCAAGUCAGGAGAAAAGGUGUUCACCCAAGGAGAUUCGAACCAGUAUCCUGCCGCUGAAACCAUAUGCGAAGGUGUGCCGAUUCAG